AUGCCUCAGUUACUUCGGAACAUUAAUGGGAUCAUUGAAGCCUUUGGUCGUUAUGCCAAGACGGAGGGCAACUGCAAGUCGUUGACCCGAGGGGAGCUGAAGAAGCUUUUGGAGAAUGAGUUUGCUGAUGUCAUCGUGAAGCCCCAUGACCCCAGCACUGUGGAUGAAGUCCUACGUCUGCUGGAUGAGGAUGAAACAGGGACUGUGGAUUUCAAGGAAUUCCUGGUACUGGUGUUUAAGGUUGCCCAGGCCUAUUUCAAGACCCUAAGUGAGAGUCCUGAGGGAGCUUGUGGAUAUCAGGAGUCCGGAAGCCACCACACUGGAGCCUCACAAGAACUGAGAGAGGGACAGAGAAGUGACAGUGAAGUGGGAGGGGCUCAGAGAGGUCAGCAACAUGAGAAGAGCAGCCAUGGGCAAAGAGAGCAGGCUUCCACAGAACAGGACACCAGCUCCACUCAGGCCAGUCACCAUGACAGGCAGGCUGAGCUCCAGAGACAGGAGAACACAAGCCACCAAAAACAAGAGACGGGGCACUCAGAGAGGACCCAGACAACAGAAGACAAGAGUUAUCAAUCCAGAGGGGGACAGUCAGAGAAACAGUCCCAGACCAGGGGACAGGACAGAGCCCAUCAUACCAGUGAGACUGUGACAGGAACUCAAACUCAGACCCAGACAGGCUCACAAACCCAGACUGUGGAGCAAGACAGGAACCAUCAGACAGGAACCACCAGCACACAGUCACGGGAGUCUACCCAUGGCCAGACCAAAGUAACCCACAGUCAGGACAGGAGCCAAACUGGACAAGUGGUGACAGGGGGGCAUGGUCAGACACAGACAGGCUCACAAACCCAGACUGUGGAGCAAGACAGGAACCAUCAGACAGGAACUACCAGCACACAGUCACGGGAGUCCACCUAUGGCCAGACCAGAGUGACCCAUGGUCAGGACAGGAACCAAACUAGUCAAACUGUGACAGGGGGACAUGGUCAGACACAGACAGGCUCACAAACCCAGACUGUGGAGCAAGACAGGAACCAUCAGACAGGAAACACCAGAAGUCAUAUAGGGGGUAGAGAACAAGGACAGAGCCAGACACAGUUAGGCAGUGGCCAAGGAUGGACACAAGUGAACACCAAUGAGGCAGGACAGGUCCAAUAUGGGGCAAGCACUCAGACAGGCAGUCAGGGCUGGAGCAGCAUGCACCCUAGGUGCAGUGUGACCGGAGGAGAGGCAGAGGAGCAGCCCCACUCCACAGAGUCCACUGUGGUGCAUGAGGAGUGGGUUGAUGACCACACAAGGGAGACGGUGAUCCAAAGUCAGGCCCAGAACAGUCUGCAAACCAGCACUUCUUCAGCUCAGGGCAGAGAGGCACUCCAGCCAGAGGGGAGAAGAGGCAUCACAGCCAGGGGGCUGUAUUCCUACUUCAAAAGCACUAAGCCAUAA